AUGCAGCCCGUGGUCAAUGUCCUUUUGGACACAUUUCCGGGCCUGGCACUGCCACCUACGCUAUGUAUACCUCUGCCAGCCUCGUCUUCUACUGGGGAGUUGCUCGCGACAAUCGUCAACUUAUUGCCAUCGAGACUACCCCCGACCCGCCUCCUUCUCACGUCUACCACGAGCCGUCCGAUCUAUGCAUCUGAUACUACAACAUUGGCAGAUAUCGCUCAGCAUCAAACAUGUCGCCGCGACGUGGAUUCUACGAUACUGCCCCUCAGGCUAUCCGCCCCAUUGGUGGGAGGGAAGGGUGGCUUUGGUUCUCAGCUUAGGGCCGCAGGUGGACGCAUGUCCUCUCGCAAAAAGCGUCAAAAUGCAGAACUUGCCACUGGUAGCGCCCGAAAUCUGGAUGGACGGAGGCUACGGACAAUCACAGAGGCCAAGAAUCUAGCAACUUACCUUGCCACCAAACCAGACAUGGACAAGAAAGAAAAGGAGGAGAGGCGGAAGAAAUGGGAGCAGGUCAUCGAACUCGCCGAGCAGCGAGAGGCAGAUAUGCGUGCCGGUAAGGGCCCUGAUGGUCGGCGUAAAGGCUUGAGUGAUGAGUGGGUUGAGGAAAAGGAGGAAAUUGGUGAAAAUGUGAGGAAUGCGGUCAAGAUGGCUAUGUUGGCGGCCCAGGAAAAGAGCACGAGUGCUACAUCUUCUGAAGAAGCUGACGAGAGCAGCGGAAGUGGAGGAUCUGCCUCAGGGAGCGAGGCAGACAGCGACGUAGACGAUGUGAUGGAACUUGAUCAAGAUGAGAUGGCAAGACUCAGAGUAGAAGCCGAGGGAGGCGAUGCAGAUGCUUUGUGGGUUCUUCAACAUCGGCUGAAGAUACCAUCACGCCUCCUACCCAAGGCCAGACAACCUGUAAGGCGAUUCGCUGGAUUCGACGACGAGGACGACAUAUCAGGCAGUGAUGAGGAAGAAAGUCCCGACGAGGAGGUGGCCGGCAAGGGCAAACAAAGGAGGCCUGCUUAA